UUAUAUUAUAAUAUUUAUUAUUUUAUAUAUAUGUGAGAAAUAUUUCAAUUUUCUAGAAUUAUUGACAUCUCAACAAUAUUAUUCAAAGGUUAAGCUUGAAAGAACAAAGCAAAAAAAAAAUGAUUGAGAAAAGAUUUAAAUGGAAGGGGAAUAGGAAAAAAGAAUCAUAUUACGAAUAUUUAGUAAAUUUUUAUAUUUUAAAUUAUUCAUUUCAAAUUUUUGUAGUUAUUAUAAAAUAUAUAAAUAUAUAAUUACGGAAUAAUAAAAAUUAGUAACAAAAAGGAAUGAAAUAAUACUGGAUAGAUAUUUAAUAAUAAAUGAUAUUGAUAUAAUAUGUUUAUAUGCAUAUGUAUGCAUGUAUGUAGUGUAUUGACAUUUGCUAUUUAUUUAUAAAAAUGUAAUAAAAUAUUUAAUUUUUUAAUUGAAUAUAACAUAAAAUUUUAAUUUCACAAGUAAUCAUAUGAAACAAUUAAUAAUUUAAAAUCAUUCACUAAAUAAAUAAUUUUAUUAAAAGGUGUUUUUUCUUUUCUUUCAACCAAUGGCACUUAUUGCCAAAUAUGUUGAAAUUUUUUUCAUUAAAUAAAAAAUUUUUAAAUAAAUAAAAUGUGUUGAUUAUUAGAAAUUAAUAUGAAAUAAUUAUCAUCGUUAACAAAUGUAAUUUUUUCUCAGUGGUGAUAAUAAAUUAUGAUAUCACGACAAAUAAACAUGGCGCUUAUUUGAUACUGGAGUCUUUAGUUGGAAUAAGCCGCAACUGUUGUCUCAAUUCGUAUCAAAUUAGCAAUUUUAUUUUUUGAAUUUAUUCAUAUAUCAUUUAAUUAUAUCCAUACUAUUUACGAUACAGUGAAUGUAUCGUUUUUAUUUCGAAUCAUUUUCACGAGGAAACACUUGAUAAACCUGAACGUCAUACAUGUCAAAAUGGCCCGGGAAUAUGAUCAUUUAUUUAAGCUUCUAAUAAUAGGAGAUAGUGGUGUAGGUAAAAGUUCACUACUAUUACGAUUUGCUGACAAUACUUUUAAUGGCAGUUAUAUAACGACAAUAGGAGUGGAUUUUAAAAUUCAAACUGUGGAUGUAGAUGGUGAGAGAGUAAAACUCCAAAUUUGGGAUACAGCUGGACAAGAACGUUUUCGGACAAUAACUUCAACUUACUACAGGGGAACACAUGGUGUUAUAGUUGUGUAUGAUGUGACCAGUGGUGAUUCUUUUGCUAAUGUUAAAAGAUGGUUACAUGAAAUCGAACAAAAUUGUGAUGUGGUCAACAGGGUACUUGUAGGAAAUAAGAAUGAUGCACCUAAUGAAAAGGUGGUAUUAACAGAAGAUGCACAAAGAUUUGCAAAUCAAAUGGGAAUUCAGUUAUUUGAAACUUCUGCUAAAGACAAUGUUAAUGUGCAAGAAAUGUUUAUGGCUAUAACACGACAAGUAUUAAGAACCAAAAAAGAAAGGAAGGAACGACAAGCUAUACAAACCAGUGAAACAGUCAAUUUAAGAAAAAGCACAAAACAACAUAAAAAGAAGUGUUGUUAACAGCAUUGUAUAAGCAUGCAAUCUGUUGUUGAUAUCAUUUAAUCACAUAACACAAGUGAAACAAAAAUAAACAGAGAGCAUGUGAUAGCGAUAAAAUGAUCAUAUAAUGUAAUACUGACGUUUUUUAAAACUAUUAAGUUUUGUAUUUAUAUUACAACAUCGAAGAUUGUAUUCUCAUAGAAAUAUACUUUGAUGCUAGUAAUGUUCAAUAUACAUAGGAUGCAAAUGUUAUGAGUGUGUAGUGUUUAUUUAGCAAAAAUAACUUUGUAAGUACACACUUUUCAAAAAACUGCAUUUUGAAUGUGGAAUUAAAAAUAUAAAGGCCUAUUUAUAUUGUACAAUUUAUAAUUUACAAAAUAUCAGCACAAAAAGGAAAAACAAA